GGUUCCGCGCUCCCCGCUCCGCGCUCCCCGCUCGGCGCCCCGCGCUCCCCGCCGCCCGCUCCCCGCGGCCGGGCAUGUAGCAGCGGCCGGCGCCGCGGCGGAAUAUGGGCGGGAACCACUCCCACAAGCCCCCCGUGUUCGACGAGAAUGAGGAAGUCAACUUUGACCAUUUUCAGAUCCUGCGGGCCAUCGGUAAAGGGAGUUUUGGAAAGGUAUGCAUCGUGCAGAAGCGGGACACAAAGAAAAUGUACGCGAUGAAGUACAUGAACAAGCAGAAAUGCAUCGAGAGGGAUGAAGUACGGAACGUCUUCCGGGAACUGCAGAUCAUGCGGGGGCUGGACCACCCUUUCCUGGUCAACCUGUGGUACUCCUUCCAGGACGAGGAGGACAUGUUCAUGGUGGUGGACCUGCUCCUGGGCGGAGAUCUGCGUUACCACCUGCAGCAGAACGUCCACUUCACGGAGGGGGCGGUGAAGCUGUACAUCUGCGAGCUGGCGCUGGCCCUGGAGUAUCUGCAGAGGUUCCACAUCAUCCACAGAGACAUCAAGCCAGACAACAUACUGCUGGAUGAACACGGACAUGUUCACAUCACAGACUUCAACAUAGCGACGAUCGUGAAAGGAGCAGAAAAGGCUUCCUCUAUGGCUGGGACCAAGCCCUACAUGGCCCCGGAAGUGUUCCAGGUGUAUGUGGAGGGAGGCCCCGGCUACUCGUACCCCGUCGACUGGUGGUCCCUGGGUAUCACGGCCUACGAGCUGCUGCGGGGCUGGAGACCGUAUGAAAUCCACUCGGCCACGCCCAUUGAUGAGAUCCUCAACAUGUUCAAGGUGGAGCGUGUCCACUACUCCUCCACGUGGUGCAAAGGCAUGGUCGCCCUGCUGAAGAAGCUCCUGACCAAGGACCCCGAGAGCCGUCUGUCCAGCCUUGGUGACGUCCAGAGCGCGCCCUACUUGGCCGACAUGAACUGGGAUGCGGUGUUCGAGAAGGCGCUGACACCCGGCUUUGUGCCCAGUAAGGGGAGAUUGAAUUGUGACCCCACAUUUGAACUUGAAGAAAUGAUCCUUGAAUCCAGGCCACUUCACAAAAAGAAGAAGAGGCUGGCAAAGAACAGGUCCAAAGACGGCACAAAGGACAGCUGUCCUCUGAACGGACACCUGCAGCAGUGCUUGGAGACCGUGCGGAAGGAAUUCAUCAUAUUCAACAGAGAGAAGCUGAGGAGGCAGCAGGGGCAGACCAGCCAGCUCUUGGACACAGAGGGCCGAGCUGGGAGCCAGACCCAGGGCAAGCUCCAGGACGGCUGCAACAACAACAUCCUGGGCCACGCCUGCUCCCGGGGCUGCAGCAGCUAAGCCACUGCCUGCGGCCGCCUGACGGGACUGUGCGCAUUCCCGUCCUGCCCACCGGAAGCCCCUCUCUGUGCCACGAUGGUCCCUAUCUCACUCCUGGUAACACCAGAUGCAGAGACAGCCCUGGGCUUGGAGCUGGGAAGCCCGGGUUCUGGUCGCAGGUGCCUGACGGAUUCUCUGCGUGACUUCGGACAACCUUGCCCUUCCUGUGCCUCAGUUUUCUGCAUCUGCCAAAGGGGUUAAAACAGCUGUCCCACUUCUACAAGGUUAUUGGGAGAAACCAAAUAGGUAGGAGACAUGCAAAAUCUGUGACAUUUAUGAAAUUGUUUACACAGGCAAAAUAGAACCUUGAUAUUUGAAGUCCACUCCCAUCCCGCAAGGCAACUAGGCACCCCCUCCAUUCCCACGAUUCCCACAUCCUGGAGCAAAACCGGAAGUGUCUUCAUUUGCCGCCUCUGGGAGGCCAGUCUUUCUGACCCUCUAAGGUGGCGUGGCCGCGCACCAGCCUGGUCCCCUAGGUCCUGAUGCUACAGGUGCAUGUCUGCCCCUCUUCACAGAAGACCGCCUCCCACCUGUAAUCCCAGCAGGUCCCCCCACACACACCCCGCACUGGCAUGGCAGGUGGAUGCCCUUCAGAAGGUCAAGUCACUGACCACCAUUUUGAGAGUUCCUCCCAAACCCAGUCCCACCACCAAAUUCUGAGUCCCCGUCCCCUCUGGGUGUCUUUCCUGUGAAGGGUUGGAAGUGGCCUCCUCAGCAUUGUCCUAGAGAGGGUCCCCAAGUGCCACAGAUGAGGUGGCUCUGUAUCGAGGAACAAAGAAGCGUGGGUCACCAGGAAGUUGAGUCUAGGAGGACAGUGGACUCGCACAAGGAACAAACGGCUGUGGGACCUGUGCGGGCAGCGCUCUGCCCUCUGGAUGGGGAGACGCCGUAGCGCCGGGGACCGAGCUUCGGUGCGGCGUCAGGCUCGCGCUCGGAACCCAGCCCUGCUGUUUACCAACCGGAAGACCUUAGGCAAACGGCAUAAUCACUUCGGUGUCGUUUCCUUGUUUCAGAGCGGCGGUGAUGAAGCCAGCCUUGCAGGGUGGUUACGGGAGUCGGUGGCAUUCUGUGUGUCCCGUGCCCAGCACACGGCACCCACUGCAUGGUAGGCACUUUGUGCCCACGUCACCGUCAUCGUUUGCAGAGACUUCCCUACGUCACUCGUUUGGCAGGUCACUUUCCGCAGAAACGAGUCCGGUGGUUUGGCUUCCUUGAGCUUUUCUUCCCGGAGUCUUGGAACUCCGUCCAUCCCUGUCGACGUUCCGCUGUGCUUUUAGUUUUCCUUCCAACUUCCGGUUUUUAGUUUUUACAUCAUCAGUCCACCCUCGGGGCCGUCCAUGCCAUCUCUCCGAAAUCUUAAGAGACGUUUUAACGGAGGGUGUGGUUUUCUGUCUUUAACCUUCAAAAAGGAGAUGCUCCUAAGAGUCCUCCUUUCAGCCAAGCCUACUCCUCGAUUCCGUUGCCCACGUCAGUCUGCUUAUCUUGCACACUCGUCGUUCUCCGUCCCCCACCGGCACUGUCCUGUUCCCUCCAGGCAAUCGCAGGGCUGCUUCUCUCUUCACUGUGACCCGGGCAGCACUUAGCAUUUCUUGCUGGGCUGAGUUCAUGAAUUAGGGGGCAGGAGCUAGAAGUAAGCCCAAGAGACACCAGAUUUCCUGGCUGUGUUUAAGUUGAUGUUGUUUCUUGUUCAGAAUAAAC